CGUCAAGCGAAACGCUGCAAACAACGCCGCCAAUUACAAGGCAUUUGAGGUUACGUACGACUUUCUCCCAGAACAUCACAACACUGACGCUUACCCGUCCAACUUUAUACCUCUUUGGUGCGGCGUUGUUCCACCAGGCGAUAGGAAAAUCCAAAAAAUGAUAGCGUCGUUCAAAGAAUCGGGACUGCUGCUACCAGCUGGGAUUACGACCUCGCUUUUACAAACAGGACAACAAUGGGAUUACCCAAAUGCUUGGGCUCCUCUUCAACACAUGAUCAUAGAAGGCUUUGCGCUCACUGAGAACGAAGAAGGGAUUGCUCUGGCCAAGGAUAUCUCUAGACGGUGGCUGGAGACGAACUAUGUAGGAUACCUGGAGACUGGAGAGAUGCAGGAGAAGUACGAUGCUCGAUACUGUGGUAAAGUUGGAUCGGGAGGAGAAUACUUGCCACAGGCUGGAUUUGGAUGGAGCAAUGGUGUGGUGCUGAGCCUGUUCGAGAGAUUUGGAUGGGCCGCUGAGAAGAAAUUGACUUGCGAGUGAGCCUUCUUUUUUUUUCACAGAGGAGAGAACGACACGAUAUUCUUUCUGAUACUUGACGACGAGACGAGACGAGCGAGGCGCCAGACGAUACGACGAUGAAGAAAAAAGACGUGACAAUGGGAAGAUUCAAGCCCAAAACCAUACAACAACAACAACAGCAGCAGAUCAGAGUGAAAGGGAAAAGAUUUGUGGAGAAAUAAAAAUCAUUUUUGUGGAAGAAAGACACCAAUUUCACAUUUGUGAGCUAAAUGCGAAUAAAACAAAGAUUUGGUUUCUAUAUUCGUUCUUUUAGUCUGGGCUUUAGGGUUUAUGUGAAUGCUUGGCGGAAAGCUGCGGGCUUCGCGAUGAUGCUCGCGCCGCAAUGCCGAUUUCUCCCGGUGUAUGGGACGCUGAUGCGCUGCCGUGGCCGGCUACGCGGUGGAUUCAGGAUUUCUUGCGUGUCGGCUCUCCAUUUCUCGAAUGCCGUGGGGCUUAACGACGAGCAGGAGGCGGCCGUGACAACCACAGAGAAAUGCGUGCGCGUUGUCGCGGGUCCGGGCUCCGGGAAGACGCUGGUUCUCACGCAUCGCAUUGUGCACGAGAUCAAUCACAACUCAAUCGAUCCGGAAAAUAUUUUGUGCAUUACAUUCACAAACAAAGCUGCGCAAGAAAUCCGACACCGGAUUGGGUCCUUGGUGGGGAUUGAUGCUGCGAGAAAAAUCACUAUAUCUACGUUCCAUAGCUUUUGUACGAAGCUUUUGAAGAAGCUUCUUCCAGACAUAAAGCCCGAGUCUGGAUUAAGCCAGGCCUUUGUUAUCUAUGACGAGGCUGACUGUGAGAAGAUUCUCAAAGAUAUAUAUGUGAAGGUAGCUGAGGGUCACUUGUCCGAAUGCAAGUCCGGUGCUUCCAAAUGGGGCCUUCUUACUCUUUUCGGUGGCUUGGAAAUUUCCAGCGACACAUCCACCGAUAAAAAACCGGUUCAUUUUCGCAUACCUUCGGAGGACUUGAAGCGAGGACUUUUUCUCAUGAGAUUAGCCAAAGGCUGGUACCUGGAGAGGUUUGUUGCGUUAAAUCGCUGCAAAGAUCUUCCGUCCCGCCCGAAGGUUCUAACCGACGAUGUCAGCAAGCUUUUGCAUAUGUUUGAGGAACAUCUAAGAGCGAACAAUGCGGCUGACUUUGACGAUUUGAUCUAUUUGACGAUUAUGGAGCUUCAUCGGACUCCGUCAGCUCGAAAGAGGUUCGAGAAGCGAUGGUCUUACGUGCUUGUCGACGAGUUCCAGGACACAGACAAGGCCCAGUAUGAGCUUAUCCGUUUACUCUGCUCUGAAAAUCAAAAUCUUUUCGUGGUCGGUGACAUCGAUCAGGCAAUAUAUGGUUGGCGAGGUGCUGAGUCACGAAAUAUGCAAUAUCUCCUGGGCAACGACUUCCCGCAGAUAGCUACUUUUCAGCUGCGGAAGAAUUAUCGAUCAUCUAAGGCUAUUCUCAGUGCUGCUUCGAAAAUAAUCGGAAACAGUAUGAUGAGUCGUCGCAUUGGACAAUUAGAAGCUCUGAAGCCUAUCUCCAUUAAGCCCUGGACGGCACCUGUAAAGGUCUGCUGGCUGAGUGACCCCACUGAAGAAAGUCGUUUUGUUGCCGAUGAAAUCAUUCGAACCAGGAAAGAUAGAUGGAGCGACUGUGCGGUGCUCUAUCGAACUCACAGACAGAGUUUUCUUCUAGAAUCAGCAUUAAUCAAGGCAAAUAUACCAUACAAGCUGCUAGGAGCAACUCCACUGUUUUCGCACAAGGUGAUAAAGGACCUUCUCAGCUACUUGAAACUUAUUCACAAUAGUAAUGAUGAACUCGCUCUGGGACGUAUUAUCAAUACGCCACCUCGGGGAAUUGGUGAGAAAACAAUUUUCCAUCUUAAACAAUGGGCUUCGGAACGAGAUCUACCACUUUUCAAAGCGUUACUGAAACUCAAAGAGGAUGAUCCUGGACACAAGCACUUGGGAAUAACAGCGAAGGCAAAAACGGCAGUUUUGAGCUUUUGUGAGCUUCUAGAGUCGCUGACGAAGCUCAGUGAAAAGGAGUCCUCUGCUGACUUGCUUCAGGCUGUAAUUGACAAGACGCAGUUUAUUAAAUACUUGGAAGAGCACACGGAAGAUCAGAGGAUCUUUGAGAAAAGAUGUCAACUCGUGGAACAGUUCAAGGAAAGCGCAGAUUCUGCCGAAGGCAAGCAUGGGAAGGGGCGUCGUGCCCUGGCCGGCUUCCUUGAAGACGUCAUGCUAAUAACCUCUGAUGACAAGGAAACGAACAAGGAACACGUUGGCUUGCUGACGCUCCAUGCCUCAAAGGGAAUGGAGUUUCCCUGUGUCUUCAUAGUCGGUGUCAAUGCGGGAAUCUUGCCACACGAAAACUCGGACCCCGAAGAAGAGCGACGGCUGUUCUACGUUGGAAUCACCCGUGCGAAAGAGCAGUUGUAUCUCACACACACUCAUUCUCCCGGGGAUCCCCACGAGAAAAGCUUUCCAGGCAGCUUGUGUAAGCGGCAAAGAAUGUCUGCGUUUUUGGACGAGAUUAUCUCCAGCGAGCCUGUGGAGUUGUAUCCCAAGUCAUGGACGGGGAAAUUCGCCCAAGGAAAAGCUCUGUCCAUGACAAGUUAGAAGUUGUUUUUUCAUGGACCAGGGACGACAUAGUUACUCGAAAGGUAGACCAUGAGAGUGUAAAAUUUUAUCAAAGCGUCAACUUUAGAAGAAGCCUGAUAUGGAAUGAGGUGUAACUCCGAAAGUCCUCGAAGAUUAAAGGAUUGGACACAAAAGCUUGGAAGAA